ACCACCCCUUCCCCUCACUAACUCACCCUUUCAAGAAUGUUCAAAUAAAUGCCUUUGAGCCCGAGGGCUCGACUUCGUCACACUUGCAUGAGGUCACAAGCAGUCACUAGUGCGAAGGGCCAGGCCAGGGGUGAGGCGAGUUCUAAGCGAAGGAAGCAGGGCCGGGCUAAGGCGCCGGAGAGGUUGGGCCGUGUCCUGCCUGUUCCUGUCACAGAGGAUUUUGUAACGGCCUUCAUUUCACGCGAAAUGGCUGCCACCCAUUGUCUCUAUUCGGAGUUUCUGCAGAGGCAGUUCCUCGCCUGCUUCCUUACAAACCCACACUGUGGCAGCCUCAUUAAUGCAGAUGGCCAUGCUGAAGUGUGGACAGAUUGGAAUGAUAUGUCCAAGUUUUUCCAGUAUGGGUGGAGAUGUACCACUAAUGAGGAUGCCUAUUCAAACCGUACCCUGAUGGGCAACUGGAACCAGGAAAGAUAUGAUCUGAGGAAUAUUGUGCAGCCCAAACCCUUGCCUUCCCAGUUUGGACACUACUUUGAAACUACAUAUGACACAAGCUACAACAGCCAAAUGCCACUUUCAGCCCAUAGAUUUAAGCGAGAGCCUCACUGGUUUCCAGGACAUCAACCUGAGCUGGAUCCCCCUCCGUACAAAUGCACAGAGAAGUCAACUUACACGAGGAGCUAUUCAAAACCUCAAGUCGAGCAUCGCUCUGUGUGUGUGUGUCAUCCUCAUAAAUGUCAAUUUCAGGGUCCAGGAUUCUAAGAAAGAAUACGAAGUUUCAUUUUUCCAGUGUAGAUUAUAGGAAGGAGCACAUUCUAAGAACAACUAAGAAUUUAGCCGACUGUAGCGCAGUUUUACUCUCUGAAUAAAUAAAGCACAAAAAAUAUUUUCUAUCCCCCACUUUUUAAAUCGAAGUAUAGUUGAUUUACAGUGUUGUGGCUGGUGUACAGCAUAGUGAUUCAGUUUAUAUAUAUAUAUAUAUAUUAUUUUUCAUAUAUCUGUUUUUUCAAACCAAGAUUUAAAUGUCAAAUUUAAGUUAAUUAUAUCUACUGUUAGGUCUAUAUUGAGCAUGGAUUUUUCUAUUUCUGCAAAAAGCAUCACUGGGAUAUUCAUAAGAAUUCCAUUGAAUCAGUAGAUCACUUUAGCAAUACUGGUAUCUUAACAAUAUUGUUUUCUAAUCCAUUUGUGUCUUCUUUAAUUUAUUUUAGCAAUGCCUUAUAGUUUUUAGUGUACAAGUGUUUUUGCCUCCUUAGUUAAGUUAAUUCCUAUGUAUUUUAUAUGUUUUGAUGCUACCAUGAAUGGAAUUGUUUUCUUAAUUCCCUUUCUGGAUUGUUCAUUGUUAGUGUAUAUAAAUGCAACUGAUUUUUGCAGUUGGUUUUAUAUCCUGCAGUGUUGCUGAACUUGUUAGUUCUAAUGAUUUUUUUUUUGGUGAAAUCUCUAGGCUUUUCUACAUGUAGUAUGUCUUUUGUAAAUAUAGUUUUACUUUUUCCAUUCCAAUUUGGAUACUUUUUUUUUCUUGUCUAAUUGCUCUAGCUAGAACUUGCAAUAAUAUAUUGACUAUAAGUGGUAAAAGUGGACAUCCUUGUCUUGAUCCUAGUCUUAGAGGAAAGGCUUUCAGUCUUACCAUUGAGUAUGACGUUAGCUGUGCAUUUUUCAUAUAUGAUCUUUAUAUUCUGAUUCAAUUUCCUGAUACCUACAAUUGAAUUCAUAAUCUUCUGUCUCAAAUUUUUUUCUUCUUAUGUAUUUCAUAUCUUGGUGAACUUUUUUUUAAUGUAUCUUAACCACUCUUUCUUAUUUUUAGUAUUGUGUAUUAUAUAAUAAGUUCACACGAUUGUCAAAAACAGAAACGAAGGAAUUAUUUUGAAUCCCCCUUUCUCAUCCUCCCCAUUCAAACCGAUACCAAGCCCUAUAAAUUCUAUCUCCAGGUUGUGUCUUGA